AUGUCUGAAUCUGGAAAGUACAUCAUAGUGUUCAAGGACCAUGUCACGGAUGAGCAGCUCGAGCAGUACGCGAGGGACGUCGGUGCCAACGGCGGUGAAGUCGGAAAUCGCUUCUCUUCGCUCAUGAAGGGGUUCUCCGCCACUAUCCCGAACUCGUACUUGACCCAGCUGCAGUCAUUGCAGGGUGGUGUUAUCGACUACAUCGAGCCGGACCAGACCGUCACUACCCAAUGA